CAAUACUUUUGGUCAAGCACGUGCUCAGUUUCAAGUUUACAUAAAAUUUAUUUACAUUAAAUUUAUCUAUCAAUAAAUAAUAAAUUAAAUUAUUUAAAUUUGAAAUAAUAAAUAAAAUAAAAUAUGAGAAGACUAACAGAAGAAAAAACAAAAUUAGUUUUAGAAAAAUUAACUAAGUACAUUGGAGAUAAUGUCAAAAUACUAGUAGACCGUCCAGAUGGAAUUUAUUGUUUCCGCGAGAAAAAGGACCGCGUUUAUUAUGUGUCUGAAAAAAUAUUAGCACUUGCAGCGACUGUUGCACCAGAAAAUCUUGUUAGUUUUGGUACAUGCAUUGGUAAAUUUACAAAAUCUGGUAAAUUUAUGCUCCAUAUUACUGCGCUUCAUUAUUUAGCGCCGUAUGCCCAGCACAAAAUCUGGUUGAAACCAUCAGCGGAGCAACAGUUUUUGUAUGGCCAUAAUGUAACUAAAGGUGGAAUGGGAAGAAUUACUGAAAACACUCCGCAUCGUCAGGGUGUUGUUUUAUAUUCCAUGAAUGAUGUACCUCUGGGUUUCGGUGUGACUUCCAAAAGCAGUAAUGACAUCAGAAACGCCGAUCCAUUGUCCAUUAUUUGUUUUCAUCAAUCAGAUAUUGGUGAAUAUAUUCGUUCCGAAGAUAAUUUAUUGUAAUUUUUUUGUAAUUAAUUCAUAAUUGUAAUAAAUAUAAAUUUCAAUUAAAAUACGUUAACUUUA